AGAAUAAAAUACAAGGGAGGGGGAAAUACUAACAAAGAUGUCUAACAGUUCGUGCAUACAUACGACACAGUUCAUCGAGUAACGGUCGAAAUCGUAUCGAUCUUCGGAUCAUUAUUUAUAUUUUUAUACAAUACAAAAUUAAAUCCUAAAAUAUGUCGACAAGUAAACUGAUCGACGAAGAGACCGAAGAAUAUAUCGAAGAAAAUGCUGAAGGAAUUAGUAAACGUUCCUGGACAUUAUUAAAAACAGAAAAUGAAAAACACCGGCAAGAAGUUUACAGCUUAAGGCGAAAACUCGAAUUAAAUGAAACGAUGCUGCGGGAGGUUCAAGAAGCGAACGAAACACUCGAACGUACUCUAGAUAAACGAAUUUCGGAAAAGGAUAAAAUCAUUUUCGCAAUGGAAGAAAAGCAUCGUAAUAUUAUAAAAGAAUAUGAAAACACAAUUUCAAAUCAAGCAACGGAAAUCGACGAACUAAAACAAAAGGUUGAUCAGCAUUUAGAAACUGAAUGUGUAACGACAGCUGCUGAUGAACUUUCAAACGCAUCUUUUGAAACUGCCAAUACUUCUUUAAACAAUCAAAUCGAAGAACUUUUAUUAAUGCUGGAGGAAGAAAAGGAGAGGUAUAAAAAUGCAGAGGAUACAAUUGAAGAAUUGAAAAGCCGGUGCAAUGAACUUGAACAUCACUCUAAAGAAAUAAAGGAACAAUUACAUGAAAAAGCCAGGCUCUUAGAAGACAUGCGUGCAGAACUUAGUUUAAGGCACGCUGAAAAAGCAGCUUUGGAAUCAGAUCCUAUGCCCAACACGUGUAAAGGUAAUUCAUUGUUUGCCGAAGUAGAAGAUCGUCGGCGUAACGUAAUCGACAAAAUGAAUACAAUGCGUGAAAAGUACAUAGAAAUGAAACGUCUAUAUAAAUUACAAGCUACAGAGAUCAAAAUGCUAAGAGCAGAACGCAUUGCGGCGCUUAGAAAAUGGGAAAACGAUGCUGAUGAUAUGUCAGCAAUGAACGAUGAAUUAAUUAAAAAGUUGAAAAACAGGAUAUCAGAUCUUGAGAACAAAUUGAAAUUGGAAAUCAAGAACAACAAUAUGAAAAAAGAGAAUUAUUCCGAUGUAGCAUCUUUUGAGUAUUGUCAGACUUUGAUGUAUGUUAAAAACCAAGAAAUGGAUCAACUACGAAUAAAAAUCGAGGAUCUUUCUACGAAGAUGUUGGUGCAAGAGGAAACAAAACUAAACACUAUUAAACAGCUGCAAUACUGGCGACAUAAAGCUUUCACGUUGGAGGCUCAAAUUGCUGCUAUACAAGCAGAAUCAAAAUUGGAUCUUAUGAAUGAUGAAGAAUGCGCAGUUUUAAAUGAAUAAAAUCUCACGUGUUCGACUAUGAUACAACGAAAUGAUCAGGAAAUAUUCCAUUAAAGAUUUAGACCAAAUAUCAUCUGUAAAUAUCUGAUUGGUUCCCGAAUUGCAAAGAAAUACUCUAAAUUAAA